AUGCAGGAAUAUGGCCAUAUCUACAUAGAAGCCAGCAGCCAUACAGAGAGCCAUGAGGAUCUGCUCGACUCAGACGAGGCCCUCCAGAGGCUGGAGGAGGAAUGGCCGCAGGAGAUGGAGCCCUCUCUGUGUCUGUCCCAUCCCAGCAGACCUCAGCACGUCGACUUUUUACACCUCACUGCACUUGAAGAAGAAGACAUCAGCCCUGUGCCUUCCCCCCUCCCCCCUCUGAUCCACGGGCUCGAGUCGUUUUUCACUCCCAAACCUCUGAAGAUCGACUCCUCGGAGAAGGUGGACCUGGAAGCUGUGCGCAGAAGGAUCCGGAGCGAGAGAGAGCAGCUGAAAACGUUUUUUGAGAAAACUGAUGUCAGUACAGAGGAGGAGACCAAUGGCAAAUCUGACGAUGCAGAGGACAAGACUCCUGGUCGGCUCCAGGCUGUGUGGCCCCCGCUGCAAGAAGAGGAGAAAGUGGGCCUGAAGUACACAGAAGCAGAGCACCAGGCUUCACUGUUGCAGCUGAAGAGACAGUGCAACGAGGAUCUGGAGAAGUUACAGGAGGACUAUGCAGAGGAGCUGAGCAGACUGAAGGAGGAGAGCGAUGACUGCGUGAGCCGCCUCCAGUUCACCAUCAUCGAGCUGCAGUCUCGCCUCUCCCAGUCUGUGUCUCGUCGCCACGGUGAGGUCCGGGAUGCAUCCGUAUCCACAAGCGACGAAACCAAAACUUUCAGGAAUGCUGGCAUCCAGACAGACUGCGAGCUCAUGAAGCCGAGCCACAAUGAAGAUGGAGGACAUGACUCAGACUUAAGGUUCAUUAGCGAGAACUGGUCCGAGCAGAACAAUAACCCGGGAUUUUCGGAUCACAGAAGCUUCACUUGUCAAACGCAUCCAAUCAUUGAUCCUGUCUCUCGGGUUUCACAAUGUCAUCACUCAAAUGUCCCUCCUCCACCUCCCGGGCCUCCCCCACCUCCUCCCCCAUUGCCGGAGUCAGGCUUCUGUCCUCUGUCUCUUUCACUGGACACAGCUCCCAGAAAACCCUUCGUAGAACCGUCACGACCCAUGAAGCCGCUGUACUGGGCCAGAAUCCAACUACAGCAGAACAAUGAACAAACCGUUUGGAGCAGUUUGGAGGAAGCCAAGAUCAACACAUGUGAUUUUGAAGAUCUGUUCUGUAAAACUGCCACACAGACGAAGAGGAAGCCGCUCUCAGAGGUCUACGGGAGGAAGACCAAGACCAAAAAGAUUGUGAAGCUGCUGGACCAGAAGCGCUCUCAGGCCGUGGGCAUCCUGAUCUCCAGUCUGCACCUGGACAUGAAGGACAUAGAGCGCGCUGUUCUGACUGUGGAUCCCUCAGUGGUGGACGUUGACACCAUCGAAGCCCUCUAUGAGAACAAAGCUCAACCCGACGAACUUGGAAAAAUCAAGCAACACUACGAGACGAGCAACGAGGAGGAUGUGAAACUACUGGACAAACCUGAGCAGUUCCUGUACGAGUUGUCCCAGAUUUCAGAUUUUGCGGGUCGAGCUCAGUGCAUUAUUUUCCAGUCUUCGUUUCUCGACGGAAUCGUCUCCAUUCGACACAAACUGAGGACAGUUUCUUCUGUGUGUGAGGAGCUGUCGCAGCGGCAGAGUGUGAAGCAGGUCAUGGGGCUGGUCUUAGCUCUGGGGAACCACAUGAACGGAGGCAGCAGGACCAGAGGGCAGGCUGACGGCUUUGGACUGGACAUCCUCCCUAAGCUCAAGGACGUGAAGAGCAGGGACAAUCGCAUCAACUUGGGAGAUUACCUGGUGUCGUACUAUCUACAAAAUGUGGACAAGAACGCUGGGACGGACAGGAGCGUGUUCCCUCUGCCAGAACCUCAGGACGUCUUCUUAGCAGCUCAGGUCAAGUUUGAGGAGCUCCACAAAGACCUGAGGCAGCUGUCCCACGACCUCACACAAUGUGAGAAAAACAUCCAAAACGUGUGCAGUAACUCACCAGAGGAGCAUCUGCAGCCGUUCAAAGACAAGAUGGAGGCCUUUGUUCUCAGCGCAAGGAAAGAGCACGGGGAAGCCUCCUAUCAGCUGUUGACAAUUGAGAAAAGCUUUCAGGAUCUGGUGGCCUACUUUGGUUUACAGGCCAAAGCAGGGGACAAAGAGGUAACCCCCGGAUACUUCUUCAUGCUUUGGUUCGAGUUUUGUUCUGACUUUAAAGUGAGAUGGAAGCGAGAGAGCAAGAACGUCUCCAAAGAGCGGUUAAAGGAGGCGCAGCUGUCAGUGAAGAGGAUCACGGGAGAAAAGAAAGUGGAGACCAGAAAGACCAACGCCAACAGCCUGAAAGAACGACUGCGUCAAAAGGAGGCCACUCUGUCUUCAACUUAA